AUGUUAUCUACAUUAGAAGCCAAGGUGGUCAUCCUAGGGAGCCAAGGUGUCGGUAAAACCUCGCUAGUAACGCGGUAUAUCAGCAAGACGUUUUCACCCAACUCGACUUCAACUAUCGGAGCGUCUUUUAUGACCAAGAAGCUGACAGUUGAUAACUGCAAGGUGCGGCUUCAGAUCUGGGACACAGCUGGCCAAGAGCGCUUUCGUGCGAUGGCUCCUAUGUACUAUCGAGGUGCUCAAGCAGCAUUGUUGGUUUACGAUAUCACGUCACACGAGAGUUUUAGAGAAAUGCACUCUUGGAUAGAAGAACUCAAGCGUAACAUGAAUGAAGAACUGGUGAUUGUGGUAGUGGCAAACAAGUUGGAUAUGGCAGCGACACGUCGAGAGGUCCAACUGGAGGAUGCACGGGAAUAUGUCACGCGUGUCCUUGGACCUGAUACUCCGCUCUAUGAAGUGUCGGCGAAAGAAGACGAUGGUACAAUUGAGGAUAUCUUUUUGCACAUAACUCGAGUUCUUGUUGACCGUAAACAGUAUCUUCCUCGAGACAGAAGGAUGCAGCCGUCAAAGACAUUGGUAGAUGAGCCACCUGCACAACAAACCUCUUGUUGUGGAAUUGUUUAA